AUGGCUGUUAAGUCCGAUCAUGUGUACGUAAUUAACUUGUUUAAGUCCGGACUAUCAAGAAAGGCAAAAUGCUCGAAAGAGAAUACUCCAAUGGGAGAUUCCAUUCGAGGCAUCGCCAUUGCCAUUGCGUGGUCAGUCGCUGAUCAGAAGACGAGAGGAGCCAGGAGAGGAGAGAUGCGCCGUGUUACCGAGCGACAGUUCAAGGUGAUGACUGGGAUGCAAGACACAGCGGGUAGCUCAGAACGAUAA